AUGAGCAGCGAUAGAGAGUUCUGCACAAUCCAGUCGAAAGGAGGCAUCACUCUGGAUGCCCGGAUCUACAGACUCGCCGCAGCCGCCGCCGAGCUUGAGAACCCGACCGGUGAAUUGGUGGCUGUGCUGGUGCACCCGUACUCUGUUCUCGGAGGAUGCCAGGGUCUGAUGACAGGCAUAGCCCGGCGGCUGGCCGAGAGGGGGGUCGCGGCCAUGACCUUCGACAUGAGGGGCGUCGGCAGGUCCACCGGCCGGGCCUCUAUCACAGGCUUUGCCGAGGUCGACGACGUCGUUUCGGUGUGCAAAUGGGCUUCUCAAAAUCUCUCGUCCCGUCGCAUUGUCCUCAUCGGGUCCUCAGCUGGUGCGCCUAUUGCGGGCACUGCUCUUGAUAAGAUUGAUGAAGUCAUCGGUUACGUGAGCUUGGGUUACCCGUUCGGAUUAAUCGCCUCCAUUCUUUUCGGGAGGCACCAUAAAGCUGUACUGCAGUCCCCAAAACCCAAACUCUUUGUUAUGGGCACAAGGGAUGGUUUCACGAGCGUCAAACAGCUUGAGAGCAAGCUAAAAAAUGCUGCCGGCCGUAACCAGACUCAUUUAAUCGAGGGAGUCAGCCAUUUUCAAAUGGAGGGCCCUGCGUACGAUGACCAGAUGGCAAAUCUAAUUGUGGAAUUUAUUUCCUCGUUGUAA